AUGAGCGCUUCAUCUAAAGGGAGCAAUCUGCCACUAGCCGCUUUAACGGAGCUCUCAAAUCUGUCAACUGCUCAAUCGAUCUCGUCGGACGCCCUCGUUCGCACAAGCUCCACCGCUUCGAAUACUAGCCUCAAUAUUCCAACGGCCGUCUCGAUCUCGAGCACUUCUAUCACCUAUUCACAAAACUUGCCGAUUGACACCAAUGGAUUGGUGUUGCAAGAGGGAUUGGUAUCUUUUGGUAAAUCGGGGCCCGUAAUGGAAUAUGCAGCUGAUCCGCAGUCCACCUACACCGUUUCAUCGGGAUCCUACUCAUUUGAAUCGCUUCUAUCUCCACAACAAUCACAAUAUCGGAUUGUCAAGAGAUCAGCUGAAAAGGCCAAGAACGCUUCGCAGAGCACUCAGACAAAACAAUUGAAAGAAGUCGACUUGAGGUACCUCGACGAUGAUGAGCCAAAGAUUUACCAAGUUCCGCCUGUCAUGUAUCGAGCAAUCGAUCGUCGUUUGCGAAAGAAUGCCAAAGGGACAAAACUUGAAGAGUGUGCAAUUCAUCUCGAAGCCGGUGAUCAACCAUACAAUUUUCAAGAUUUUCAAAAGGCAUGGGACACUGUUGUGCGGGAAUUGUGCUCAAACAAGGAACUAGCCGGCUUCAAGAUUACCACCACUUUCCGGGACGAUGGAGAAGUUCCGGAAAUGAUGAUUCAUUUGAAGAAUCGUAAUGAACAACUUGAAGAACAACCGAUUGAUGUACAUGAAAAGCCUUUUGAGGAGUGGCGUUUGGAUGAGUACGAGAAGAAAGCCAGGGAGUAUUUGGAGAAGCAACGUGCUCGGGAGAAGAAAAUGGCCAAAGUUCCGUCUUCGAUGAACACCACAACGCCGAAUUCGGUGGCUUCAAGCACUUCUCGGACUGCUUCGACGGCUCGUGUCUUUAGGUAUUUUUUGAGUGGCACGACUCAAAUGGCGACCAUGAUUGGCAAGAAUAUCUUCGAGAAAUUCUUUGGCAUA